AUGCAGAGGACGGACCGGAUUGCGAACGAAAGCCCCGCCGAGGUGGACACGCGUUCUAACUCGCGCAGGACAAUACGCGAUCUCGAGUUGUUUCGAAAGAAUGUCCCCCUUUUUUAUGGAAAAGGAGACAAUCGAGCAAUCGGGUCGCGUGACAUUCGCGGCAUAAAAGGCAUCCUUCUGUGGGAAGGCGCGGACGCUCGAACAGCGACGACACCGGGACGACACCGCGACGACGCCGAAGCGACAUGGGACGACACCGAGCCGCAAUCAAGAGUCAAU